UGUCUUCAAUAUGCUACUUUCCUAUCGAAUUUCAAGGCACAUUCCUCACGCAGACGCAAUCCCUAGCAGCUUUUGGGGGCCACACGGUUACCUACAGUGAAAUUACAGUAGAGGUAGAUUCCAUACCACCUUGGGGAAGGUGUCAUAGGCGACGAGGAAAUAAUGUGAUUCUCAAAGACGAAACGGGUGGCGAAGAUUGCAUAAGGUGUUUUCAUAUCACACUAAAAUCUAUAAAUGUCAUACAAAUACAUACAGAAGGGCUUGCAAGGUGCUAUACCAAUGAAGAAGCUGCUAGAGCCACGUGUCCGGAUGAAAGAGCAGUUGUGGAGAGGAGGUUUAAAGAAAUUUUGCUCUUUCGCAAGCACGAUGCUGGGACAAUGAUGACGAUAGAGGAACUCUUCUGUCCCAUCAUCGGACGUUUCAGAUUCACGUACUCCGCAAACCGUGGUGAAUUCCAGUGUGAUCAACCUUUCUCCGAGCUUAGCAACUGUCCCAACGGAAAUGGACUCAACGUCAGGUUCCGCCAGUGUUCCUUCCCAGAAAUGACCAUAUCAUUUCUUUGUCUUGGCGACUGGGAAGGAGCAAACGGUGACCGGUACAUCACCUUGAUGGAUCUCAGAGACGAACCAGAAGCACGACCCAAGUACAGAUGUGGC